UACACACCUCUAUGUAACCCACGAAAGGUAAUAAGCGGUUCCUUUGUGCCUCAGCCUCAAAUCAAUGCCUCCGAGCCGGUCUUCACUCUUCUUCUCCCCAGACCACAGCCCUCACUGAGAAAACCCACCGUCCGAGAAGCUCACCGCCGUCUGCAACGCAUCUUUGCUUCGGUCACCGUCGCGGUGAGGCCAUCAUCGUCGCAGCUUCCUUUUUUGCCCGUCACCGUUGCCCCUUUCCUCGAACCGCGUCGCUGCACUGUCUCUGUUCCGGUCACCGUCGCUGUGAUCCCGGCCGUCGCCGUGAUCCCGGCCGUCGCCGUGAUCCCGGCCGUCGCCGUCGCAUCUUCGUGUGAGUCCGUCACUGGAGCCCCUUUCCUCUGCGCGCGUCGCUGUCUUCAUACGCCAUCAUCUGCAGGGUCUCCGAAGCUACUCACUAAGAUUCAGAAGAUGGCAUCAAGGCAAAUGGAAGAGAUUCAGAAGAAAUUGGCAACACUAAAUUACCCAAGAGCCAAUGCCCCUGCACAGUCCCUCCUUUUUGCUGGCUUGGAGCGCUAUGCCCUGUUGGAGUGGCUCUUCUUUCGGCUAUUAGGUGAUAAGUCACCUUUUUCUCAACAAAACUUACAAGGGGAUGUCCUUGAUCGUGAUGAGGAGACGGCUAGAAUUCAGUAUUUGGCAGAGAUUGCUAAGUUUCUGGGUAUUACGAUUGCUGUAGAUACAGAAGCCAUUCAGGGACAUGGGAGCUAUGAAGACCGUACUGAAAUGCUUCGUCUUAUUGUAGAUCUAGUGGAGGCAACUAUCUAUGCUGAUAAUCCAGAAUGGAGGUUGUUACUAGUUAAGUGUGUUGAUGAGCAGGUAUCCAAGGAUAUACAGUUGAUAGAUUCCAUUGCUGAAAAACAAGCCCAGAUUUUCUCAGAAGAAUGCAAAUUGUUUCCAGCAGAUGUGCAGAUUCAGUCCAUAUAUCCAUUGCCAGAGGUUUCUGAGCUCGAGGCAAAACUUUCUGAGCAGUCAAAAAUUUUGUUGAAUCUUCAACAAAAGGUGGAUGACUUAGCAUCCAAGCAUGCUUAUAAUCCAGAUGAGGAAUAUACUGAGGUGGAAUCCCAACUUCGGUCACAUUUGGAAUCUUUCCUAGAAACAGCUAGAACAUUCAAUACGAUUUACACAAAGGAAAUUCGUCCAUGGACACAUAUGAUGGAGGUCCCCCAACUUCAUGGGUUCGGACCAGCUGCCAAUCGUUUAUUGGAGGCCUACAAGAUGCUUUUGAAGUUUCUGGCCAACCUACGGAAUCUUAGAGAUUCGCAUGCAGCUCUUGCCUUUGGAUCUUCUGAGACAUCUGAAGAGCCCUCUUCUGUAACAAGAAUAAUUUCUGAAUGUGAAUCAGCAUUGACAGUCUUAAAUCGUGAUCUUGGAAUUCUCUCGGCUUCCAUCGCCCGUGAACAGGGAGAGAAGAUGAGCGUUUGAUGAAUUAAUAGUAGGAGAAAUGUGAGAUCAAUAGUCGAAUAUAUUCUUUAGCAUGCUGUGAUCUUCUUGUGCAUACUGCAGUGUUAAUAUUGCGUUGAAAUCAGAAUAGCUGUCUUAUCAUACUGGAAUUUAAAAAUGUAAGUU